ACUCUUAACAGAACUAGCUAGGAUAUCAACUCCCUAUUGCAUCUGUGAAGCUGGCUGUCAUGGGGAAUCCCGGCGCAUAUUAUCAUUCUGUUACUAUACAAGCCUUGACUGUCUUCUCCCUCGUUGCAGUUUUUGCAGCAGAUCAUGUUCAUGGAGGAAAUGAUGGGUGCACACGUUUCUCUUGUGGACAUCUCCAAAACAUAUCAUACCCUUUCCGUCGGCGAGGUGAUCCUGUUGGGUGCGGCGCUGAAGCAUACGAGCUGGUUUGUACCAGUAGCAAGGCUACAAUUCAGAUCAACACAGGAACAUACUACGUGACUGCAAUCAACUACACCGGUUCCUACUUCUGGGUUAUGGACCCCAACUAUGAUACCAACAGCAGCUGCCCUCUUCCACAGUGGAAUCACCUUCCUUAUUCAGCCGGCAAACUUGAUUCACAUGGAUUUUGGAAUUUGGAAACUCGAAGCGGCAACUCCAUAGCAUGUUUUGCUAAUUGUUCGCGAGCAGUGAUGAAUAAUAAUGCAUACAAGCCUGUCACAUGUCUGGGUGCCAACAAUUCCCAUGUUUAUGUCUGGGUGUCUCGGUAUGGAUGUCCUGUUGGAGAACUUGAACCUUACUGUGGAUACCGGGCCAUGAUUCCAUUUAGUGAGGAUUAUUCUUCUUUUCCGCCAGGGCUACAUAAUGCAAGAUAUGCAGAUAUCACACAACUAGUAAGUAAGGGGUUUAUUGUUGAAUUUCCCCUUGAUACCAAUCGACCCAAUGAGAAGUUAAGAAUUAUCCUCAAUAUAUGCCUCAACAAUUCAAUCAGCUACUUCAAGGAGCAAAUAUCCAGUGCAAGCAUCAUGAACUGGACUCAUGCUUUUUUCUGGAAUGAGGUGCCCUUCCUGGAAUGUGUGACUCAGUACUCUUAUGAUCACAACUACACAACAAAAUUUGUUUUGGUUGUUGCAACCAUAGUAUCUCCUACUGCUAUCCCCAAGUUCCUUUUCGUACUAUGCAGGUUCUUGUUGGCACCCCUGGCUCUCUGGACAUUCCUACUCUACAAGUACUGGAAAACAAGGAUCACGAUUGACGCAGUCGAGAAGUUCCUCAGGAUUCAACAUAUGGUUGGUCCGACGAGGUAUGCGUACACAGAUAUCGUUGCAGUCACAAGCCAUUUCAGAGAUAAAUUGGGCCAAGGGGGCUAUGGCUCAGUUUACAAGGGUGUGCUACUCCCAGGCGGUGCCCAUGUCGCCGUGAAGAUGCUAGAGGGCAACUCCAGCUGCAACGGAGAAGAUUUCAUCAGCGAGGUCUCCACCAUCGGCAGGAUCCACCAUGUCAACGUGGUGCGUUUAGUAGGGUUCUGCUCGGAGGAAAUGAGAAGGGCCCUAGUGUACGAGUACAUGCCCCGUGGUUCUCUGGACAAGUACAUCUUCUCUGCUGAGAAGAGCUUUUCUUGGGACAAGCUCAACGAGAUUGCUUUGGGUAUUGCCAGGGGGAUCAACUACUUGCAUCAGGGUUGCGACAUGCAGAUUCUACACUUCGACAUCAAGCCGCACAACAUCCUCCUCGACAGCAAUUUCGUCCCGAAGGUUGCUGAUUUUGGACUCGCCAAACUGUACCCGAGGGGCGACAGUUUCGUCCCGCUGAGUGCCAUGCGGGGUACCGUCGGCUACAUAGCUCCCGAGAUGAUAUCUCGGAGCUUCGGUGUCAUAUCGAGCAAGUCUGACGUUUACAGCUUCGGGAUGCUUCUUCUGGAGAUGGCAGGUGGAAGAAGGAACGCCGACCCAAAUGCGGCGACCUCAAGCCAGGGGUACUACCCAUCAUGGGUAUACGACCAGCUGACUCUGCAAGGAGAAGCAGGCGAGAUAUCUCCUGUUAUUGCCGACAUGCACGAGUUGGAGAAGAAAAUGUGCGUCGUCGGAUUAUGGUGUAUCCAGAUGAGGUCUUGCGACCGGCCAACGAUGAGUGAGGUCAUGCAGAUGCUGGAAGCAGGGGCUGACGUCCUGCAGAUGCCAUCGAGGCCGUUUUUCUGCGACGAAGGGCACAUCCAUGUGGAGGACUCGUACCAUUUCACUUCCGAGUUGACCAUGGUGUCAGAGGAGUUGAGUGCGGUGUCGGAGGAGGAUGAAGAGUGAAAUACUGCUACAUGAUAUGUGAUCUGACCUUAUGUAUGCAUGUUUAUAUCAUGGGGUGAUGCACUUAGCUCAUCAUGUUAUGGUUGUAUUUGCACUAGUACUGGCAAGUAGCAGCCCAUCUGUCCCUGUAAACUUAUU